AUGCCCACCGCUCGCCCCAUCAUCCGCGUGCCGCUCGGCCUUGUCCUUAGCCACACUCUCCCCAGUUGCAGCCCCGCGGCGUGCGCGGCGCCGGCGCUGCAGCCAUUGCUGUGGGAUGCGUCUGCCGGCUGGGAGCUGCACCUGGCAGGCCUGCUGCUCUGGGCCUGCACGCCGGACACGCCGAAGCCUGGCAUGGGCGCCGCGGCAGCGGCGGCUGCAGCUGUGACCCCGCUACCGCAAGAGAGGCGCUUCUGGCAGCAGUAUGCUAGGGUGCUGCCGCCCCUGGAGCAGCAGACGUCGCUGCUGCUGUUUGAGGAGGGCGAGUUGGGGGAGCUCCAGGACGAGGCCCUGGCCAACGCGGCGCGCAGCUGGCGGCGGCACGUGCUCGACGCAUACGAGGGGUUUUUCACACGCGGCACGGGCACCACCAGCCUCAGUGGCAGCCGUGACCGCUGGCGUCCGACCCUCCAGGACUGGCUGUGGGCCGUGGCCUCUAACGAGAGCAGGGCAUUCGGCUUGCAGGUGGACGGGCAGGAGGUGCAGGCAGCCGUGCCCUUCCUGGACCUGGCCAACCACCGCCCCCGCGCGGCCCCGGCCCACACGGUCACCAGGCACGGCGGCAGCAGCGGCGACGCCGGCGGCGGCGGGGGUGGGGCCGGCAGUGGGGGCUUCUUUGAGCUACUGAGCGACCAGAGCUAUGCUCCAGGGGAGGAGGUGUUUGUCGACUACGGGGAGAAGGACAACAGGAAACUGAUGGAACAGUAUGGUUUUGUCUGCGAAGGAAACCCAUAUGAUCGGCUGGACCUGACUGGCAUGCAGCUGCCCAGCGGCUGCCGCAUGAGCCGCGACGCCAUUGCGGCGGCAGGGGCAUCGGAAACGUUAGCAGCAAGUGCGGUCGGGGCGCAGCAGGGACGGCCAGGCGCAGCUUCAGCUGCGGAGGCGCAGGGGCGGCGGGUGCAGGCGGCCGUGGCGUCGCUGACGCGACACCUGGGAUGGCGGAACCUCCGGGAGUUUGAGCUAGUAUCUGGAACGACGACUGCGGCAUGCGUGGCCGCGGCAGAGGCGUGCCUGCUGCGGCAGCUGGCCUCAUUUGAGACGAGCGUCAAUCAUGACCUGGCAACGCUAGGUGCGAUCGAGGAGCGCGCCGCCGCUGCCACGUCCGCCGCGUCCGGCGGCAAGCUGCGGCGCUCUGCAGCAGCCGUGCGGUAUCGGCUGGAGCGCAAGCGGCUGAUCCAGGCGGGCCUGGACGUGCUGCGCCGCGUCCACCGCUGA